AUGGCAUCAGCUGUGUUACCAAAGUCACUUCAACGUACAGAUAGUGCGGGUCAACUAAAUGUAUUUUUAUUAUUAAAAAGAAAGUCAAAUGAUGAUUUAAUUUUGAUAUCAAGAGAGGAUUUACCACCAACACUUCGUAGUGGAAAGUUAGUAUUAAAUCAAAAAGCAAUUAUUCGAGAUGAAGAGCGAAAUAGCAUUGAGGGUAUUCUUGUUUACACGCAUACCGAUCGUGAUAAUUGCCUGUCAUUUAAGAAGCAAAUGCUUGAAAAUAAAAUACAUAAUGAUAAAGUAAACAUUAUUGCUAAUUCUUCUACUGGACAUUCAUCAUCAUCACGUACGCGUGUCAAUGCGCGAUGUUCAACGACGAUUGCAAAAAGACCAAAUGUACCACCACCACCACCGUCAACAACACAAAAAUCAACAAAAUCAUCGUCAUCAAAUAAAAAGCCAGCCGAAGCACCACCUAAUGUACCAAAUGAAGCUGAUGACUAUCAAGAGCAUGAUCUUGAUAAUUACAAUACUGUUGAUUUAUUAGUUUUGAUUCGUUAUCAACACCAGCUACUUAUGAAAAAAAUAAGAGUCGAACAACAUUUGAUAGUACAUUUGAUGCAUCUAUUUCAGGAACAAAUGAGAAUGGCAAUGAUAUUUAUAUCGAUAAAACAAAUGAAUUAUCUUUACAAUUAG